AUGACCAUUGUACAGCGACUGUUUCGAGGGCUGACGCAAAGCAACUUGGCAUCACGCACAUCCGCCUCCACAGCUACGAAGGGGUUGCCUAGUCGGAGGAUUCCCAUUCGCUAUCAGCGUCAUAGGCAUAAUAACGCCUAUCUUGCAAGAGACUACAGAAAGAAUGGAGUCCUUGAAGUUGCCAAGUUUGCUCUUUUGAGCAUUGCUACGUUACCUUUCACUCUUUGGCUUGCAAUGUUUUCGUACGACUAUUACUAUCGUGUGGAACUUUGUCUAGAGGCAUUGAAGCAGGAGGAUAAAGAGCUUCGUAUCCGUCUGCACAAAGAUAAACAAAGCGUUGUUCAUCGUGGGAGAGAAGCACAAUUGAAUCAAGUGAAGACUCUCCUGUCAAAAGUUCCACAUCAAGUUGUGCUAGUCGCUGGUGUCAAUGAAUGUGGGAAGUCUCAAUUCGUUUCCGAAGUUUUACGAGAUGUCAAUAGUAGUAGAAAGGAGAAGCGAGGAGUGACACAUAUCCAGCUAGCCCAGCUUGUGGACUCUGUUUCGUCGUUCACAUACAUGCUGGUCAAUUCGUUCAACCUUCAAUGGCUUUCACUGAGAUAUUCCCUGGUAGAUGUCCUCCCAUUUGCAGGAUCAGAAAUUCUGGUAAUGAAAGAGAGAUUCUCCGAUAGAGACCUAGCAUCAGCGUUAUAUGUAAUAACUGAAGCACUCAAGAAGCACUCUCAACGAAAAUCAAAAGAAGAGCGACCCAUAAUCGUGAUUGACGGUUUGGCAGAAGGAAAGUCUUGGGCCCGGACUCAAGAAGGCAAACAGUGUCUCGAACGACUCUUUCAAUGGUGCAUCUAUGUCACGAAAGAGCGCCAACUAGCUCACAUUAUUCUGACCGGCAACGAAGAGCUUGUCCUAAGUCUAACUGAUCAGAAUCGGCUUACAAGGGGACAUGUCAAGGUCAUUGGACUGGGCGAUUUGCAAAAAGACGAGGCCCGUCAAGUAGUGCUUAAGGAAAUACCGGACGCAUCCGAAGAGGAGGUUCAGAAAAUAUUAGAUGCCUUUGGUGGAUUUAUUCAUGAUGUCCGCGGUUCUGCUCGUGAUAUUCAAGAUCAGCUUGGGCUGCCAGAUUCUCUGAAUGCCAAAGAGCGAGCAAGGAUUGUACAAGACACCAUUUCGACCAGAUGCCGAAUGCAAUUCGAACGGGUGACAGCUGCCUUUGCCAAGGGUCACGACGAACUGGAUGUUGCUUCGAACCGCAGCACCGAUGACGCCAUGAAAGCGGAGGAGAUGGAUCCUUAUCUUGAUCCACUCAAAGCUGCUUACUCUGAGGCCCAAGCAAGCCAAACCAGCGCUGCAUUAAGUGAUAGUGAUUACACUGUGAGCUACACCAAGCUGCAGCUAUGGCAAACUCUACAAAUGCUAGUAGACGCCAAGGAUGGCGCCGUAGCAUUUGCGGAGCUCAGGGAUAAUAUUUUUAAUGGUGACCAAGCACCACUCCUGGAACUAAUGGACGAUGACGUCUUGGGUUUUGAAAUCGAAGAUUCCCAGAGAGUUGGGUUCUCGUGGAAGGUCAAGCCAGCGACUCCUGCUCUCUACGGAGCAUUUCAACAGAUUGUGAGUGAUAGUAGUUUGAAAGAGAGAUUUCAGCUAGUGGAAAAGAACUCGGAUCGACAAGACGAGAUCCGAGAAGUAGUACAAAAACGAAUGAAGAUACGAAAGGAGAGAAAAGAACUGGAAGAACGAAAGGGCGCAAUUCAAAGCACAGUGGAACUCGGAGAAAAGUUGGAUCGUAAGGGCAUUGCCAGUUCAAAGUUGACCGCCGUGUAUGAAGCCCUUGUAAGGGAGGAACAUGAUGCACUCGUUAGAGAUUAUGAGCUACGCGAAAAGCUGAAAUCCUUGGAGCAAACUCGUCAAGUAGAAUCUCCGCAAACGGUAUCAAAAACAGAGAACGAGGUUCAGCAGCAUCUUAAAACUGCUAUGUUGCAAAUCAUGACGCAAAAUCUGUCCAACGAGGACAGCUCCUUAGAAGGCUUCGACGGCAACUCUGCAUUAUGGGCUGCGUUCCAGGAGCUAGACGCCACCAAAGAUGGUACCUUUGCGGCAGAAGAUGUCGUUCGCGUGAUCAAAGCUUACACUGGUAAGGAUGUUAAGCUAAAGGACGCUCGUAACUUGGUUCGUGACUGGGAUUUCGACAAUGACAAACACAUAGAUAUUCAUGAAUUCACAAGAUGGUAUUCAUCUCAAGACAAACAGAAGAAAACGAAGGCAAAGACGUGA